UCCGCGCUCACUUCGCGCCUCCACACUUACUCACCCUCACACAGACCCACACCUCUCAUCUCAUACUCCACCAUGGGCAACGACGGCGGCUCCAUCCCCAAGCGCUGCGAACUUGUUAAAGAAGCCGCCAAGGCGCUCACCACAACACAGGCCAAAGAGCAACUCACCGAGCAACAAGAAUACCACUGGUCGACGUGCCCGCUCUCUCGAAAACCGCUCGCCACACCUGUGGUAAGUGACGCCGCGGGCACGCUAUACAACAAAGACUCCGUCAUCGAGUUCCUGCUCAAGGAGGACGGGCGCGAGAAGGAAGAGGAGGGCAAGGUUGCGGAUGUGAAGUCUGAUGGCCAGUUUGUAGAGUUGGGGUGUGUUGGGGACAGAGUAAAAGGGAUGAAGGAUGUUGUGGAGGUGAAGUUCGAGAUUGGCGAGGAGGAAAAGAAGGAAGGGAGUGGCAGGAAGGAGAGCUGGAUGUGUCCUAUUACCGGGCGCGAGCUAGGGCCCGGUGCGAAGGCGGUGUAUAUUGUGCCGUGUGGGCAUGCGUUUGCGGGGAGUGUAGUCAAGGAGGUCGCUGGGUGUGUGUGUUUGCAGUGCAAUGAGCCGUAUGUCGAGAACGACGUCAUUCCCAUCCUGCCCACCGUACCGACCGAUCUCGCGCGCCUGAAUCUCCGGAUCAAGACAUUGAGGGAGAAGGGUUUCACGCACGCCUUGAAGAAACCGCCGGGCAGCAAAAAGCGCAAGAAGAAUGCCGACAAAGAGAUGAGCGGCGCCUUUGUAUCCACAGAUACAAACGGUACACCGUCAAAAUCCAAAUCCUCGUCCGACGAAGACAGGUCGAAAUCUAAAACAAACGGCUCUAAGGCGAACGACACGAACAGCGUGAGCAAGGUAAGCGGCGAGAAGAAAGACACAGCAGACAACGGCAUCAAGAACUCGGCAACCGCAUCACUGACACGGAAAGUCAUGGAAGAGCAGGAAGAGCGUAACAAGAGGAGGAAGCUAGGGCAGAACGAGAAUGUCAAGAGUCUGUUCAAUACAAGCAACAAUGCGCCGAGUAAGGGGAAUAGUGCGGAUUACAUGACAAGGGGGUUCAGUAUUGGGAAGAAAUGAGCAAAUAACUUCCGUGGGAACGGCUGGCUUCGAUACCUCGGAAACGAUGACAUAGAAUGGCGUUGGGUGUUUGCACACUACGGCGUUGAGGACGACGUGACGAGCGUGGCGAGGCGGCCAUGCGAGCACUGUUACGCGCGGAGAGAAAAAUAAAUAGAAGAUACCCUACAAAUUUACUUCAUGAAGAGCAGCUGAUCUGCGACGUCUGCCUCGCCCU